CGGUAUCUUUCUGCAGGUUCCUGGGUAAAGGGCGCCGUGCCUGAAGAACUUCACAAACACCCAGGACAGACCCUCCUCCUGCAAUGCCAGUACUCACCCAAGACAGGACCCUAUCAGUCCAAGACCUAGUGUCAGUAGACAUCUCCAGAUUGGUGUACCAUACUUGUCAGCAGCUCCAAGCCCCGGACAGCAGUUCAGAAGUCUCGUUACACAAUCUGGGAUGAGCCCGACGCUGGCUUCUUUAACAUCACCAUGAUUCAGCUGACACAGAACGACUCUGGAUUCUACUGGUUUGGAAUUUACAACACUUCCAAAAAUGUCAUCACUGUUCUUAGAGAUAUCAAUCUGGUGGUGUCUCCAGCCCCAACAACAUCUCCUAUGUGGACCUUCCCCUGGCUCGCAACAAGCACGGUUCUGAUCACUUCUCCAGAGGGGACCUCUGGCCAUCCCUCCAUCAAGGGCUCUGAGACCAGGAAAUCAAGUUCCCCCGCCUGCCUUGGCUCAGGUGGCCCCAGUUUGCUGGUCUCUGUGCUGUGUGGACUCCUCACAGCCAAGGGCCUGAUGCCGUGAGUACUGUUUGUGUUCCUGACCCGCAGGUGCCACAGGUGAGAGGGGCCUGGAUUUGGUCUGGGGGGCAACGGAGCUGGGGCCAGAUUCUGUUCCUAGAAAGAUGGCUAGGAAGAAGCAGCCAGAUCACAGAGCCAGGAAAAAUGACAGCUGGGAACAAUUUAAAUAUCUGUUUCCUUGCAAUCUCUGCCUUCCUGCCGACGCAGACCUUAGAAAGAGACAGAAGCUUUCUGGGAGUCCCAUCCAGGGCUCUGCCUCUGUCUUUGUCCUAAGAGGAAAAAGACCAGGAGGACAAAGCUGAGAGUGCCUGGGUAGAAGGUUUAGGAGACAGGAAGGGAAUGGGAAGGAAGCAGGUGACUGGGAGAAGUGGGGGCAGGGGCGGGAAAAGGAGUAACAGGUAACAGGGACAGGGUGAGACAAAGGAUCAGAAAAACAUCACUUCCAUUCAUGACUUUCCCCCUCUUGCUCCGUCUCAGGACAGCAGUGACGGAGGUUUCUGAUUGUCCCAGCACAGUCUUGUCCCAGGACCCUUGGGUGCAUGAGCCUCAGCGUGGGUCCAGGAUGAAUCCCAGUUCUUCCCCUGCCCAGCUAUUGGGAGCUGCCCUAAGCAUGAGGCCCCACCUCCCCGUGAGGAAAGGCCAGCACUAAGCCUGUUGGGGAGAACUUUCAGCUCCCCAUCUCGCCGGUGGUGACCGCUCACCCCUGCCCUGAACCCUCUUAGAUCUACUUCCGCUGCCCUGCCUUCUGCCAUUGGGAAGACCUGGGGCAGGGGUUUCUGCAUCCGGGUCAGUGCCCAGCUCAGUAUCUUCAGCAGCGCCUGGUCUCCUCUCCAGCACUCUGUGGUUCUCUCAGCCCCGUCCUGGCAGGUCUCCAGGAUCCCUCACAUUUUCUCUGUUUGUUGCCUGUGGUCUGCCCGAGAGUCCUAUGAAUUUCCUCUUGUGCUUAAUUAAAUUCAGCCUCUGAACUGGAAUGUGUCAGGGGCAGCUGAGCAAGAAAGCAGGUGUAUCCCCUCACCUUCCUCCCCUCCCACCUCAGAUAUCCUAAAUGAGAGAGAAAUGACUUAAAAAUAAAUGAUAAAAUUGAAACUAAGAAAGGUUGUAAUCAGCAGACUGAAAGCUGAAGAAGAUCUAGAAGUAAAAGAAAAAAUUAGAUGAGUUAAAAUGACAUAAGCAGGAAACUCAGUAGCCUAAAACAGGACCCAGAACAUUCAUCCAUAAAUGGAAUCUGAUAAUCUGGGGCCGAAAUUCUGUUUGCUUAACAUGUGAGAUUCAUAGCCUAAAAGAGAAAAUCAAGUUGAACUAACAAUAAUUGACAGUGGGUGAAAGAUAAAUGUUUUAGGGAACAGAAGAGGAGCACACAUUUAUGAAGCAAGAAUAGGUACAGUCAUUUUCCAACUAACAUCUAGUGAGACUGGGAUUGACCACUCAGAAUGGGGGUCCACCAUGAACAACCAAUUUGAGGUACCAGUGCAUAGCAGCUGAAUGCCAGCCCUGAAAAAGACCACUAUAAAUAGAGCACCAUUUUCGUUUGCUCUUUUGGGGAUGGGGCAUCAAACAAAAGUCUCUUCAUGUAUAUCUCAGCUCCUGCCACGUGAUCAUCACCUAUCUGUGAGAGGCAUCACUUUUGCUUUGUUUCUUUAUUUUUUUUAAUCCUCAUUCCUUAUUUCCACUUGCCUUCCUCUCCGAGGCAACCACUCUAAUGCGUUUGGCAUGUAACUUUAAAUUUGAACGUAUUCUUAUAAAACAUGCAGUAUUUUUUUUCUGUGACUGUGUUUAAACUUACUUAGAAGAAAUCGUGAUAGACCUUUUUCAUAUGCUUGUCUUACUCCUUGCUGGGCGCAUAUGCACAGCCCACUUUUUUUCAGUGCUUACUACAUUGUGUACAUAUCCCAUAGUGCACCAUUCCGAACCCAGGGUGCAUGUGCUUUUUUGCCUUCACUUCUUUAUAUCGUAAAUAAUGCUGUGAUGAAUAACCUCCUUCAGGUUCUCUUGUGGAAUCAUGUGAGACUUCCUUUAGCACUUAUACACAGGUGGCAUCAGCUGGGUUGUAGGAUCUCAGACAUCUAAUUAAUACUGCCAGCUUGUGUUGCCUGAACCAAGAAUCUAGACACUAGCGAUUAUGUGUUUUCUUUGAGUCUAUGUGAAGCACAUAGCACAACCCUUGGAAUGGUAUUGCCAAUAUAAAAAAAACGAACGGCAAAAAUAAAUGUAGCUGAGUGAUGCUACGUGGAGCUAGAUAUAUGAUUAUCUCUACUUUUGUGUAUGCUUGGAAAUUUUCAUAAUUAAAAUGAUACCUAAAAUUAAACAAUUAUGUCUUGAAGCCACUGCUAUUUGGUUUUCAGUCGUAUGUGGCUGACCCCAAUCCUUUCUUGAUUUAUUGAACUUUUACAACUGCAGUGGGUUGGGAAAAAUUCACUUGUAGUAUGGAAAUAUUGAGCUUCACUUAAAGAACAUUGGUAGUGGGAUAAAAAUGGACUAAAUAAAAAUAGGUCUUCUUUAAUCAGAUGCUAAGAGCUAGCAUUUAGCUAUAACUUUUAAAUAUUUUUUCUUAACAUCCUUGGCCUCAAAAUUGUCAUAAUUCCCUUAACCACAAUUUUCAAGCAGGUGGUAAAUUCUGUGUCAUAAGCUAACAUCUAAAAAAAGUGUAUCUUUCUUUAAAAUUUUGAACAUUUUUUACUGUUUUCUUAUCUUCAUUGUGUAGCUAUGGAAAUGUCUGAUAAUAAUCUGAUAGUUAUUCAUCUUCACUGACCAAUUUUAUCUCUGGAACAUUUUAUAAUUUUCUUUUUGAAAUUUUUAUUAUAAUGUGUUUAAUGUGGGGUAAUUAUCCGGGUUUUUUUUCUUUUUCUUUUUCUUUUUUUGGGGGGAGCAAAAAAGUGGGAUAAGAGUCAGGGAGUGGUUGGGAAGCCUGGCAACAAAAGGCAGAAAGAGGGAAGGAGCAGGGAGCCAAAAGCCUACAUCACCUGGUCUUCCCAGGCGAAAUCCUAUCCACGUACUAACCAGGCCGACCCUGCCUGGGUCAUGCCUCGGGCGCGUUGAGGGUGGUAUGACCCUAGAGGCCAGCGGUGGCCCCUGGCUGCCCCAACAGCCCGCGGUGCUGCAGCGGCGGACCCCCACGAGGAGGUCCCGGGUUCCUGCAGGCACGCAGGUGGGCGGAAAAGGGGGAGAAGAGUCAAAGGGUGUUUGGGAAGCCCAGCGACAAAACGAGGAAAGAGGGAGGGAGCGGGAAGCCAAAAGCUUGAUAAUCCAUUCUAUUUGGAACUCUCUGAACACAUUCAAUCUGAUGUCUUACAUAUUUGUUUAAUUCGGAAAAAUCCUUGGUAUUAUUUUUUCAAGUAGUUCUUCUACUCCAUUUACUCCUUUUUCUCCUUUAGGGACUUCUUUGAGGAGAUAUUGACAUUUCUAUUUCUAUCCUCCAUACCUCUUAAUGUUUUUUUUACACUUUCUAUCACCUUAUUCCUUCCUACUGCCUUUAGGGAGCUCUCCUUGACUCUUUCCCUUAUGUACUCAUUCUUCUGCUAGUCAUUGCAUUCAGAGUUUUCUUUCAACAAUGAUCAUUUUCUUAAUCAAUGUUUCUAAUUUUUUCUUCUUCAUUAUUGCUUGCUCCUGUUUUAUGCCUCUAAUAUUGUCCUGAGAAUAUCUACUGUGCUCUGAGAAUAUCUACUAUGCUUCUUUAAAUCAUUGUUCUCCCACUGGUUCUGCUUUCUCUGUAAUAGAUUAUUCAAUUUGUUUCUCUAUAAGAAAUUUGUUCAAUUUGUUAUCUUUUAUAGCAUUUGGUAAUUUUUCUUGUGUUCUCAUCUUUUAUUCCCUUCCCACCCCCUUUUUUUUUUUUGAGGAUCAGUGAAUUACUACAGAUUUCACCACCUAAGGAAGCCCCAGAGGUAAAUAGAGUUGAUGAGUUUGCCAUAAACUGUCCAAAUAUAUAGAUACACUUACUAUAUCACAAAGAUAGCCAUUCACAUCAAUGAGUUUAUUUAACAAUGGAAACAGCAUAUGUUUAACUAUUUGGAAAAAAUUAAAUGCUACCCUCUUUUCAUACUAUAGUCUAAAAUAAAUUUUAAAUAGAUCAAAGAAUUAAGUGUUAAAUGAGAAAAUAUUAAAUAACUAAAAGAAAUAACUAAGGAUACAAUUCUAGUAAGGAUGGGCAUAAGCAGCCAAUAUAAUAGAGACAUAAAUCAUAGAGAAAAAAGGCUGAGAGAUUUUCCAAAAUUAAAAUUUUAAAACUAAUCUGUGUCCA